AUGACGGCUCAAGAUAUUGAAGCCGUCCGUGUUGAAUAUCAAGAAUUGGAGAGCAGAUCGCCACAAAAUCAUCAGUCAAGCGAUGAAUCUGACUAUGCUGAAUUCGAUCGAUACCAAAAUAUCAAUGCUCGAGGAGCUUGGGAUGCAACUGCUGUUCGAUUAACUGAUCCUCGUCGCAUUUCUAAUUAUAUUAAUGCAAAUGAAGUUAAUACUACCGACAAAUAUGAUGUCUUUCAUUAUUAUUUUAUUGGUUGGCCAGAUUUUGGUGUUAUUAAAGCGAGAAAGUUACUUGAACUUAUUAAAUUUAUUAAUAAUCAUAGAAAAGAUGAGACUGCUACAUUAGAAAAAACGCAACAGAAUUCAUUGAUUCCUACAGUUGUUCAUUGCAGUGGCGGUGUUGGUCGUACAGGUACUUAUAUUGCAGUAGAUAUUAUAAUGCGUUUAAUUGAUCAAUCAAAGGAUAAUCUUUCUCAAAUGAAACUUGAUGUUAUGGGUAUUGUUGAUCGGUUAAGACAAGAUAGAGGGAAAAUGGUACAAACUUUGGAUCAAUAUUUGUUAGUCAAUUUUUGUGUAAAAAAAUAUUUACAACUAACUAAUCAGAUCAAUAAUGGUAAGUGA